GCAUUCGAGACACUGAUGAAAUUGACAUUCUACGGUCAGUUUGUGGCUGGAGAGGACCACAAGUCCAUCAAACCCCUGAUUCGGAGGAACAUGGCAUUCGGAGUGGGAGCCGUGCUGGACUACAGCGUGGAGGAAGAUCUCUCAAAGGAAGAGGCCGAGACUAAAGAAAUGGAAUCGUGUGUAUCAGCAUCAGAAAAAGAAAACCCUGGAGCGGAUCAUCGGGAGAGGAAGUUCACUGCCCAUAAGAAGUUUGGUGAUCGGCGACACGGAGUGACGAGCGCUCGCACAUAUUUCUACGCUGAUGAAGCCAAAUGUGACCAGCACAUGAAAACUUUCAUUAACUGCAUCAAAGCAUCAGGUGGAAGUUCUGUAGACGGUUUUUCAGCCAUUAAGAUGACUGCACUGGGACGUCCACAAUUCCUGCUACAGUUCUCUGAGGUGCUGGUCAAAUGGAAACGUUUCUUUAGUUUUCUGGCAGCGCAGCAGGGGAAAGAUGGCCGAGAAGUGCUGGAACAGAAACUGGACCUGGAUCAGCUACAGGCAUGUUUGACUAAACUGGGAGCAAAAGGUGACAUCUGUGACUGGUUGACCAGUGAGAAGCUGUGCUCAUCAGGAACCAUCGACAUGCUGGACUGGUACAGUCUGAUCGAUGAGAGAACGAAGAUAUCCGAUCUUCUAGUGGUCCCCAACCUCAAAACAGGCCAGUUGGAGCCUCUUCUGAGGAAAUUUACAGAGGAAGAGGAGAAGCAGAUGAAGAGGAUGCUCCAGAGACUCGAUGUACUGGCUAUACACGCGGUGGAGAACGGCGUGAGGUUGAUGGUGGACGCAGAGCAGACCUAUUUCCAACCCGCCAUCAGCCGCCUGACUCUGAAGAUGAUGCGCAUUUUCAACAGAGACAGACCUGUCAUCUUCAACACCUACCAGUGUUAUCUCAAGGAAGCCUUUGAGAACGUAUGUGUGGACGUGGAGCUGUCCAGGAGGGAGGGCUGGUGUUUUGGUGCCAAACUGGUAAGAGGGGCGUAUAUGAACCAGGAGAGAAGCAGAGCGAAGGAGAUCGGGUACGAAGAUCCUAUCAACCCAGACUACGAAUCCACAAGCCACAUGUACCACAGAUGUUUGGACUACGUACUGGAGGAGAUCGGGAGGAAUGGAAGAACCAGUGUGAUGGUGGCAUCGCACAAUAUCGACACAGUGAAGCACACCAUCCAGAGGAUGAAUGAAAUGGGACUUGCACCCACUGAGAAGAAGGUUUAUUUUGGCCAGCUGCUGGGAAUGUGCGACCAGAUCAGCUUUCCUUUAGGUCAGGCCGGUUUCCCGGUAUAUAAGUACGUUCCGUACGGCCCGGUGAACGAGGUGAUCCCGUACCUGUCCCGCCGAGCUCUGGAGAACCGGGGGGUGAUGAGGGGGGCGCAGAUGGAGAGAGAACUACUAUGGAAGGAACUCGUACGCCGCAUCACCACCGGAGAACUGUUCUAUGUUUCGACUCUGUAAAAUUAAAAGUCGUGUCUUUCACUAUAA